AUGGCAAUACCGAAUUCAAGGGACGGCAAAGUGUUAAGAAGAGUGCUGUCAGAGAAUCUUUUCCAGAAACCUAUAUUGGUUUUGAGAGAUGAAUCCGUAAAUGACACCUCUAGCCACAUUAAGAAUUCAAUUUCAUUACCAUUAAAUGGUUCUCUAUCUUGCGAGGACUUGGAAGGCGUUGGAUCAUUAAAUUCUACCUGUUUGUUAAACUCAAACUUGUAUCUGAGUUCUGAUCUUUACAUUUUCGGUACGGGAAAUUUAGAGAUACUUCCCCAUGUUUCUAUCCAAUGCCCUAAAGAAGGCUGUAUGGUUACCUUUAACAUGUUUGGAAAUGUAAAUCUGGGUCAAUAUGUUGUCAUCGUUGCUGGUUCAGUAGUUAUUUAUGCUGCCAAUUUGACCAUUGGUCAGAAUUCUGCUAUUAAUACAACAUCCUUGGCUGGCCCACCACCUCCGCAAGCUAGUGGUACACCUAUUGGCCUUGAUGGAGCUGGUGGAGGACAUGGUGGCCGAGGUGCAUCAUGUUUAAAAGAUACUAAGACAAGCUUUUGGGGAGGUGAUGUUUAUGCUUGGUCAACUUUGUCUGAACCAUGGAGUUAUGGGAGUAAAGGUGGUAGUAAGAUUGAUAGUCCUUUGGUUGGACAUUGGUUUGGAGGGAAAGGUGGAGGACGAGUUAAGCUUAUUGUAGAGGACAUGCUGGAUUUGAAUGGAUCUAUAACUGCAGAAGGUGGAGAUGGAGGUCUACAAGGGGGAGGAGGUUCUGGUGGAAGUAUCUAUAUAAGAGCUGUGAAGCUGAAGGGAUGUGGUACUAUAAGUGCAGCUGGUGGGAAGGGGUGGGGUGGUGGUGGUGGUGGACGAAUAUCUCUGGAUUGUUACAGCAUACAAGAAGAAGUUAAUGUUUAUGUACAUGGUGGUUUUAGUUUUGGUUGUCCUGGAAAUUCUGGAGCAGCUGGUACAUAUUUCAAUGCUGAUUUACUUAGUCUAAGAGUCGGCAAUGAUAAUGUUACCACUGAAACCGAAACUCUUUUGCUUGAUUUCCCUACUAGACCACUAUGGUCAAAUGUUUUUGUGGAGAAUAAUGCAAAAGUUUUGCUUCCUCUUCUUUGGAGCAGAGUUCAGGUGAAAGGCCAAAUCGGCCUGUAUAAUGGAGGGGCAAUUGUCUUUGGGUUGUCUACAUACCCAAUAUCAGAACUUGAGCUUGUUGCGGAAGAACUUUUAAUGAGUGAUUCCACCAUAAAGGUAUUUGGUGCAUUUAGUGUUUCUGUCAAAAUGUUACUCAUGUGGAACUCCAAAAUUCAAGUAGAUGGAGGUGGAAAUACAAUUGUCGCUUCUUCUAUCCUUGAAGUGAGGAAUUUGGUUGUUCUAAGGGAGAACUCUGUCAUUUGUUCAAAUGCAAACUUGGGUUUAUAUGGUCAAGGGUUGCUGCAGUUAACUGGUCAGGGAGAUGCAAUUCAAGGCCAGAGGCUUUCCUUGUCUCUGUUCUAUAACGUAACAGUUGGGCCAGGUUCUUUACUUCAAGCUCCAAUGGAUAAUGAUACUAGCAACAAUGUGGUUACAAAUACGCUUUGUGAGUGCCAAACAUGCCCAAUUGAUUUGAUAACUCCUCCAGAUGAUUGCCAUGUUAAUUAUACACUGUCAUUUUCUCUACAGAUUUGUCGAGUUGAGGACCUUUUUGUUAAUGGGAUCAUCGAGGGAAGUAUAAUUCACAUUCAUGGGGCAAAGACAGUUACUGUUGAUGUUGAUGGUUUGAUUACUGCAUCUGAAUUAGGUUGUAGCAAAGGUUUAGGAAAAGGAAACUAUCUUAAUGGAGCUGGUAGUGGUGCUGGCCAUGGAGGACGUGGGGGUGCUGGAUAUUUCAAUGGAAUGUUUAGCAUUGGUGGUCAUGAAUAUGGUAAUGCUGAUCUGCCUUGUGAAUUGGGAAGUGGAACAGAGGAUCCCGCUCAGCCAUUUGGACAUGUAUUUGGAGGAGGAAUGAUUGUAAUGGGAUCAACCCAAUGGCCUUUGCUAAGAGUUAGUAUUUAUGGAUCUUUGACGGCCGAUGGUCAGAGCUUUAAUGAAGCAACAUUAAAUGGUAAUGAAUUGUUAAGGGGUGGACUUGGUGGAGGUUCUGGUGGAUCGGUUCUUCUAUUCCUUCAAGAGCUUAUACUUGGAGAAAAUUCAUCUUUAUCAACUGUUGGAGGAAAUGGUGGUCCUCUUGGUGGUGGUGGGGGUGGGGGUGGAAGAGUGCAUUUUGAUUGGUCUAAGAUAGGUAUUGAGAAUGAGUAUGUUCCAGUUGCUACUAUCAAUGGUUUCAUCAAUAGUAGUGGAGGUGCUGGAGAUAAUGUUGGAUUCUUUGGAGACAAUGGCACAGUAACUGGGAAAAAGUGUCCAAAAGGCCUCUUUGGUACAUUCUGUAGGGAAUGCCCCAUUGGCACUUAUAAAGAUAUUGAUGGCUCUGAUGAAGAUCUUUGCAUCCCUUGCUCUCUGGAGCUUCUUCCUGAUCGUGCUAAUUUCAUAUAUGUACGAGGAGGAGUCAGUGAGCCAUUUUGCCCCUAUAAAUGCAUAUCUGACAAGUAUAAAAUGCCAAAUUGCUAUACUCCUAUUGAGGAGUUGAUGUAUACAUUUGGAGGUCCUUGGCCUUUUGCACUUAUUCUGUCUGGAGUUUUGUUGCUUUUAGCUGUUUUGUUAAGCACUUUAAGGAUCAAAUUGGUUGAAUCAAGCUCAUAUGGUGCUAAUAUUGAACAUCAGAGUAGCGAUCAUUUUCCAUGCCUUCUUUCCUUAUCAGAGGUACGGGGGACAAGAACUGAAGAGACUCAGAGUCAUGUUUACAGAAUGUACUUCAUAGGUCCCAAUACUUUUAGAGAACCAUGGAACCGUCCUUACUCUCCUCCUGAUACCAUCACUGAGAUAGUGUAUGAAGAUGCUUUCAACAGAUUCAUUAAUGAGAUCAACUCAGUUGCUGCAUAUGAAUGGUGGGAAGGAUCAGUGCAUAGUAUACUGUCAUUUCUUGCAUAUCCUUGUUCCUGGUCCUGGAAACAAUGGCGCCGCAGGAAAAAAGUAGAUCGACUUCAGGAAUUUGUCAAAUCGGAGUAUGACCAUUCAUGUCUCCGCUCUUGCAGAUCACGUGCUCUAUACAAGGGGAUGAAGUUUGGAGCAACGCCUGAUUUGAUGGUUGCAUACAUUGAUUUUUUCCUUGGUGGUGAUGAGAAGCGUAUGGACAUGGUAUCAAUCAUACAAAAGAGGUUCCCCAUGUGCAUAAUAUUUGGUGGGGAUGGAAGUUAUAUGUCGCCCUACAAUCUUCAUAAUGAUACAUUGUUGACUAAUCUUGUUGGUCAGUACAUUCCACCAACUGUUUGGAAUCGUUUGGUGGCUGGUUUGAAUGCUCAGUUGAGGACUGUGAGACAUGGAUCCAUUCGCUCUGCACUAAUUCCUGUUGUGGAUUGGAUGGCUAGUCAUGGAAAUUCCCAGCUUGAAUUCCUUCGGGUUAAAAUUGAGCUAGGCUGGUUUCAAGCAUCAGCUUCUGGGUACUUUCAGCUAGGCAUCUUGGUAGUGAUUGGUGACUAUCUCUUUCACAAUUUGCACCAACCUGAUCCUUCAGAUAGAAGCAAUGAUGAAUACCCAAGGAAAGAUGCUGAAUCCACAGACAAAAGCCUCAAACAGCUUCAGCAGAGUUGCCCAUACCCAAGUCAUGCAUUAUCCCGUAGAAAGGUCACAGGGGGAAUCAGUGGAGGUCUUAUAAAUGAUAGUACCUUGAAAUCUUUGGAAUUUAAAAGAGACUUUUUCUUCCCAUUCUCUCUCUUACUGCACAAUACUAAGCCCAUUGGUCGUCAGGACUCCCUUCAGUUCCUAUUUACUACCAUUCUUUUGGCAGAUCUUGCUGUUACCCUUCUUACUUGUCUUCAGUUCUAUUGGAUGUCUCUUGGUGCAUUCCUUGCUGUCUUACUUAUUCUUCCUCUAUCGCUGCUUUCUCCAUUCCCUGCUGGUUUGAGCGCCUUGUUCAGUAAAGAGCCUCGGAGAGCUUCUCAUACUCGUAUAUAUUCCCUGUGGAAUGCCACAUCCCUGUCAAAUAUUGCUGUGGCUUUCAUCUAUGGCAUGAUUCAUUACGGAUUCUCCUCUUUUCAGCCACCUGAGAAGGGAAGUACUUGGAACACGAGAAGGGAAGAUAACAAAUGGUGGCUUUUGCCAACCAUACUUGUGGUAUUGAAGUCAGUACAAGCUCGUUUAGUUGAUUGGCACAUAGCUAAUCUAGAAAUCCAAGAUUUGUCCCUCUUCUGUCCGGAUCCAGAUGCUUUUUGGGCACAUGAACCUACGUCUUGACUUCUGCUGCUAUGGGCUAUGGCUCCAGCUUCCUCUGUAAAUUUUGUUCGAAUCCGUACAAAGCACCAGGUGCAGUAUGCGUUCUUUUAUCCUUUUUGGGCAUAG